AUGGCCCAAUCCACCGCCCACCGCCGGCUCCUCCAAGAGUACCGCGCCCUGACAAACAACCCCCCAGAAGGCAUCACCGCCGGCCCCGUAUCCGAAGAUGACCUCCUUCACUGGGAGGCCCUGAUCCAAGGCCCCGAGGGAACACCCUUCGAAGGCGGCGUCUUCCCCGCCGAGCUCAAGUUCCCCAAGGACUACCCUCUCGCCCCACCGACCAUGAAGUUCCUCGUCGACAUGUGGCAUCCGAAUAUCUACCCAAGCGGCCUAGUCUGCAUCUCCAUCCUCCACCCCCCAGGCGACGACCCAAACCACUACGAACACGCCUCGGAGCGCUGGUCCCCGAUCCAGUCGGUCGAAAAGAUCCUCAUCUCCGUCAUGAGCAUGCUCGCCGAGCCAAACGACGAGAGCCCCGCCAACGUCGAGGCUGCAAAGAUGUGGCGCGAGCGGAGGACGGAGUACGAGCAAAAGGUUCGCGACGGCGUCCGGCGGUCGCUAGGCCUGUGA